AUGAUCCUAACCUACAUCGUCUACUGUAUAGUUCUACACUUUAACACUCCGCUUGAACGAUGGGCGCAGACUUGGCCUGUCCCAUUCAAAAAGAUGGCUCCUACAGAACAAUCAGGACUAGUGAGCUACAAGACAUUGGAAGAUGGAGGUAAACACCAAUCCUACGGUAUGGAGCAAACGAACGCCGGUCAAGGUUAUGGUGUAGAGCAGACUCAACAGUUUCAACAACCUGAUUAUUCUGAUCCAGGUAUGAAUAAUUUCGGCAUGGCGUGGUCCCCAGAAAAGUACCAGGAGGGUUUUGCUAGUCAACUAAGUGGACCAGAGCUGAACCAAGCUAGUCAGCCAGAACCUACCGCACCCCCUCCUGUUGUACCCGAACCAGUACGACCAGUUCAACCGGAUUAUUAUAGACCAAAAGAAUAUGACCCAGCUGCUCACGUUGAUCCUUUAGUUAGACCAGAGGGAGGAUGGUACCAACAGGCUUCGUGGGGAUUGAUAUUUCCCAUCCAUUGGCUCUGCCGAAAAACCAUGCCGGACUGUAGAAGUGAAAAAUAUAGAAAUUGGUACCCCUUCACAUUCUUUGUAUCGAUGGUUUGGAUUUCAUUUUAUUCUUACUUUAUGGUAUGGAUGAUUACUAUUAUCGGUUACACUUUGGGAAUCCCUGAUACUGUCAUGGGUCUUACGUUCGUAGCAGCAGGAGUUUCUGUUCCAGAUGCUUUAUCUAGCGUUGCAGUAAUCAAAGAAGGAUAUGGUGACAUGGCUGUUUCCAAUGCAGUGGGAAGUAACGUGUUUGACAUUCUUAUAUGUUUGGGAUUACCUUGGUUUAUCAAGACAGCUAUAAUUCGACCAGGAUCUACAGUUCGUGUUUUAAGCAAAGGUUUAACCUACUCGACACUAUCUCUCCUCUCGACAGUAGUAUUCCUAGUAGUAGCGACUCACAUGAACGGAUGGAAGUUAGAUAGGCGCUUCGGCGUAAUGCUUAUGGUUUGGUACCUAGUAUUCAUAACGUUCGCCAGCAUGUACGAAUUGAACGUGUUCGGCUAUAUGAAUCCACCAGAAUGUAGUUGCGACUGGUAA